AAUGGCCGAUAAGUUAAUUUAAAUAGAAUAUAUGUGUAAAUAAAAAAAGUGUGCAUUAUUUGUUAAUCUAAUGUAAAUUAGUUUCCGUGAAUGACUUAAAAAGUGAAAUUUGGCGGAAUGUUUCCGCGAACACCGCCAGUAGUGAAACGUCUUCUAGAGUGGAAAAAGGGUCCAGAAGGAUCAUCUGCCGCAGAAGAUAAAUGGUCAGAAAAGGCUGUAAAAAGUUUAGUUAAGAAAUUAAAGAAAAGUGAGGCUCUCGAGGAGUUAGAAAAGGCUAUUACUAGUCAAAGUAGUCAUACUAAAUGCGUCACAAUUCCCAGAGCGAAGCCUAGUGAGAACCUCGUGAAUGGUCAAUACAGAAAGGGGUUGCCGCAUGUUAUCUACUGCAGGCUGUGGCGCUGGCCGCAGCUACAAAGUCAGCAUGAAUUAAAACCAGUCGACCACUGUAUUUAUGCAUACCAGUUGAAAAAGGACGAAGUGUGCAUCAACCCUUAUCAUUACAAUAAAAUUGAUUCGCCCGCUCUGCCACCUAUCUUGGUGCCGCGCUGCGCGGAGGGCGAGAUCCGCGCGCCGCCGCCGUACACUGACUAUCACCAGCCGCAUCACGACCACACGGACGUUUUGUCGCUGGGCGUGAUGCAGAGCGGCGGCGUGGUGGGCGUCGGCGCGCACAGCGCCCUCUACCUGGAGGCCACGCUCGCGCAGCAGGUUCCCGGCAACACCACCGUGCAUGUGAGUUCGUCGACAGUGGAGACGCCGCCACCGGGCUACAUGAGUGAAGACGGAGAUCCCAUGGACCACAAUGACAACAUGAGCCUGACACGCCUGACGCCAUCACCGCCCGGAUUGGCGACGGAGGCUGCGCCGGUGCUGUACCACGAGCCGGCCUUCUGGUGCAGCAUCAGCUACUACGAGCUGAACACUCGCGUGGGGGAGACCUUCCACGCCUCGCAGCCAUCCAUCACAGUGGACGGCUUCACCGACCCAAGCAACAGUGAGAGAUUCUGUUUGGGUUUGUUAUCGAAUGUGAAUAGAAAUGAAGUCGUGGAACAAACGCGACGGCACAUCGGCAAAGGAGUCAGGCUGUAUUACAUUGGAGGCGAGGUGUUCGCAGAAUGCCUCAGUGAUUCUUCAAUAUUUGUUCAGUCUCCGAACUGUAACCAGCGUUAUGGAUGGCAUCCUGCUACUGUUUGUAAAAUACCACCCGGUUGCAACCUGAAGAUCUUCAACAACCAGGAGUUCGCGGCGCUGCUGUCGCAGUCCGUGUCGCAGGGCUUCGAGGCGGUGUUCCAGCUGACGCGCAUGUGCACCAUACGGAUGAGCUUUGUCAAGGGAUGGGGAGCCGAGUACAGACGUCAGACGGUGACGUCGACGCCGUGCUGGAUCGAGCUGCACCUGAACGGGCCGCUGCAGUGGCUGGACCGCGUGCUCACGCAGAUGGGCAGCCCGCGCCUGCCCUGCUCCUCCAUGUCAUAGAUAUUGCGGCGGAAAUUAUUUCUGAAUCCCCAGUACAUUGGCCAUUUCAGUUGUAUGAAAUAUAAAGGGUAGCUCAAAAACAAAUACCUCCAAAAUGAGUCUUAACAUUGUUUUAUUGUAGUUUAUAAGUUGGAAAUAUGUUUCAUCUUAGAAUUUAAGACGCGAUUUAUUUUAUUAUCUAUAAGGAAUUCAAAAUUAAUGGACUAUUUCACAUUUGUGAUAAAAAAAACU